GCUGCUGCUGCUGCUGCUGCUCUUACUGCUGCUGCUGCUGCUGCUGCAGCAGCGCUCAAUCUUUGGGCGGCUUUGAGGCAAAAGCCCCCUGUCGCGCUGCAUGCAGCAGGAGACGAACUCCCUGCAACAGCCUCGCUGGAUGAAGCAUGCGCGCGUCUUCUCCUUCCUGGCCGUGCAACAGCUGCGCAUGCUGGGAAUGCCGUUCACCCCUUAACAAGAGACUGCCUUCCCUCCCCAAGGUGCCACCUUCUUCGGAAGUUUCCAAAAGAUCCGACAGCAGAGGGAGAGGAGGCCAAUGCGCAGCAUGAAAAGUUGCCGCUACGACUUGGGGGGGAAAAACAGACAAGGCAUCGAGCUCUCCGCGCAGCUGCGGCAGCAAACCCAUCACCGAGUAGUUGCAGCAGCAGGAGUAGUUGCAGCAGCAGGAGUAGUUGCAGCAGCAGGAGUAGUUGC